AUGGCUCCCAAAAAGAAAGCCAAGUCGGCAGAGCAGAAGGCACAGAAAGCUGCCAAACAGUCGAAGAAGGCAGCAAAAGGCGACAAGAAGAGCAAGGCUAAAGAAGCGGCGGCAUUUGAAGACGAUUCCGACGCUGAUGAUGUCGACCUAGAUGCUGUCCUGGCCGCCUACGCAGAAGAGCAGGCCAAGUUCCUCAAAAUCACCGAGCAGCCUUGUGGUCCUCCUUCACCUCGAUCAUCCAGUACCCUCGUGGCUUCGCCUUCCAAUCGCAAUGAAUUGUUCGUAUUUGGUGGCGAGUAUCAUGACGGCAGUACUGCGGCGUUCUACAAUGAUCUCUUUGUCUACCAGAUCGACAAAGGUGAGUGGCGUCAAGUCUCAUCAGGGAACAGCCCUCUCCCUCGGAGUGGGCAUGCAAGCUGUAGAGGCGGCAACACUGGCGGCAUUUAUGUGUCUGGAGGAGAAUUCUCUUCGCCCAAGCAGAAUCAAUUCUACCACUACCAUGACUUUUGGCACUUGAACACGGAGACCCGUGAGUGGUCGAAGCUUGAGCCCAAGGGCAAAGGAAGGAGCCCUCCCGCUCGCAGUGGCCAUCGGAUGACCUACUUCAAGAACUUUAUCGUCCUCUUCGGCGGAUUCCAAGAUACAUCGCAGCAGACGAAAUAUCUCAAUGAUACUUGGAUCUACGACUGCAAGGAGAAUCUAUGGCAUGAGGUGAAAUUACCGCCGGCUUCUCAAAAGCCCGACCCCAGAUCUUCGUUCAGUUUUCUUCCCAAUGAAUCUGGUGCUGUCCUGUACGGUGGCUACUCACGCGUAAAAGCCGUGAGCACAAGCGCAAAGCAAGCAAAGGCUGGCUCAGCUUUGGUUCGAAACUUCCUCAAGCCAGUUGUCCAUCAAGACACCUGGUUCCUCCGCAUCACGUCACCCCUGCCCGAAGCUCCAAGCGGCACACCACCGUCUAUACGCUGGGAACGACGAAAGCGACCUGCCAAUGCACCUAAUCCAGUACGAGCCGGAUCCACCAUGGCCUUCCAUAAAGGCCGCGGUGUCGCGUUUGGGGGCGUACACGAUGUUGAAGAGAGCGAAGAAGGUAUCGAGAGCGAAUUUUUCAACGAACUCUUCAUCUGGAACAUCGACCGUAAUCGAUUCUUUCCGCUCACUCUGCGAAGACCAAAAUCAGGGGGACCAAAAAAGCAAGCACAAGUGGCCAGAGGCCGGGAUCGAGGCAAAGCAGAUGAAGAAGAACUCCUCCGAAACCUAGCAGCACUCCAAACAAAAGGGAGUAUUUCAGCAGCGGACGAAAUCGAACUUGAUCGUAGUCCCCGUGACACGGAACCUGAACCAGUCACCAAAAAGGAAGUUCCGGUGCGCUUUGAGAUGCCACAUGUACGAUUCAACGCACAGCUAACUGUACAAGACGACGCCUUAUACAUAUUCGGCGGAACUUUUGAGAAGAAGGACAUUGAAAUCACCUUCUCAGAUAUGUACAGCAUUGACCUCGGCAGAUUGGACGGUGUGAGAGAACUCUACUACGUCGAGCCUGUCAACUGGAGUGUGACUGCUGCACCAGAAAGCGACGAGGAAAUGGACGAUGACGACGACGGUGAUGACGACUCCGAGUUGGACGAGAACGAUGGUAAUGAUGAUACCAUGUCCAUUGACACCCCGCCAGCAGAAGUUUCAGCACCACCGUCAAUCGAAGCAGACACGUUGACAGAAACCGAACCCGAGACAAGCGCACAGCAGGAUUCACGACCGUUUCCAAGGCCCUUUGAGAGUCUGCGAGAUUUCUACGCGAGAACUUCCGGGGAGUGGCAGAAGCUUGUCUUGGAGUCAAAAGGCGCUGGUACCUCCGCCUCUUCGGACCAAUCAGUCAAGGAAAUCAGGAAGAGAGCGUUCGAACAGUCUGAGGAGAGAUGGUGGGAUUGCAGAGAGGAGAUCCGUGACCUUGAGGACGAGCAGGAGGCCGCUGGGAUCGGUGAGGUUAUUAGUAUUGCAGAUAGGGGCGCAGAGGCUGUUGGCGCGGGGAGACGGCGCUAA